CAAGGAAGCAACAUGCAUUUUUAUGAGUGUUCAUUUUUCUCAUAUUGGAAACUAAAACUGAAACUUGUGUGCUUCUAGUGCAAAAGUUUUUGAUUUUGAAACACCCCAUUAUGAGUUUAAGUAGCAUUGAAAGCUUACCUGAAUUUACAAAAGAUGAAUUAGAAGAAAAUGCAAAAAAAGAAGAGAACAAUGAAUUAAAAGAAAAUGCACAAAAAGAAGAGAACAAUGAAUUAGUACUAGUGUUGGAGGAGAAAGCCACUAUUAUGAAUCCCAAGGAUGACAUAAGUGUAGACAUUGGUGUUGCAUCCAAUUUCUUGGGGUCUAAGAAAAAGAUGAAAUAUUGGUAUAUUGCUUUGUUGUGUCUUAGGAUUGCUGCUUUUGUGUUCUGUUUGAUUUCUUUCUCAUUGAUGAGUGCUAAUGAGCAAAGGGUUGUGGUUGAUGAGACGAUAGAUGGAGUUGAGUAUACAGUUACAUACCAAUUUCGUUGGUACAGCUACAGCGAAUUCAAGUAUAUUUUUUCAGCAAAUGUGCUUGGAUUUGUGUAUUCUGGGGUGCAAAUUUGUUAUUUAGUGAAGUACAUGAUCACUAAAAAACAUACACUAAAUCCCAAGCUGCAAGGUUACUGGACUGUUGCCAUUGAUCAGGUAAUGGCAUAUAUUUUAUUGUCAGCUUCAUCAUCAGCUGCAGCUACCUCUCAUCUUUAUAAAAGCUUCUUGAUUGAACGUAAUGCACUCAAAUUCGUAGAGAUGACAAGUGCAUCUAUUGCUAUGUCUUUCUUUGCAUUUAAGGCCUUUGCUGUAGCCUCUUUUGUCUCUGGUUACAUCCUUAGUAAGUUUACCUAGUUAUAAAUGUACUUGUACUCUUUGUUUGUAGUAAUUAAGUACUAUAUGUGUCAAUUACAAUUGAUAAUUAGUUAAACUUUAUCCUUUUCAUAUUAGAAAUUUUUCAAUUUUUAAGAGAUGAGAUGUUAGGUAAUGGGCUUGGGCCUUAGACAAACAAAUGGGUUCAAUAGAGAGACACAUUGAUAUUAUUAUGUUAGAAACUUUAUGGUUUGGAUAUAGAAAAAAAUGUGUUUUCUCUGAGGAGCUUUUACUAUCAAAUUAUAUAAGUUUUCUUUGUAAUACAUUUACUUCCAAUUAAUAAUAUAUUUGUAUGUUUUUUUUU